GGGGGUGCCAGCACGCUGGGUCCCUGCCCAGCCUGUUGGUGUUUCCCAGCAGCAGCUGAUGGGGUGCAGGCUUGGGGCAGCUUCCUCCUCCAUGCCAGCUGCCUACAGUGAGUGACCCUUAGCCAGACUCAGGACGCAGCCAGAGCCGGGGCUUCUUGGGGGUUCUCCCACUUUAGCACAUGUGCCCCUCCAAGAAAGGGUGAGGCUCCAGUCCCCCAGCUGGCUGGCCCAAGGGGUCACUUCAAGUGCUGCCCACAGUGCCAGAGGACAAGGACGAUUCUCAUGUCGGCUAGCCCCUUUAAGCUGGGCACCUAACUCCAGCCCAGACCCUGCCCCUGCCUCUGGAAAGUGGGGGUGUCUCAGGCUCCGAGUCUGUUCACUGCCAGGGUCAGGGUGCACGCAUGUGCUGGGAAGUGUCCCAGCGCCUGCCCGCUCAGCAGCUGGGGUGCUGGAGGUGGAGAGGGAGGAAAGGCAGGAUGCUCAGGUGACCUGGGUGGCGGGGAGCCCACCAAGGGGAGGCCAGCCACCGUCCUCCCUAGCCCGGGUCCCUGCAGACCGAGCUCCAUUCUCCGCCCACUGUGAGGGACAGUGCGUGGUCCGAGUGUGGGACGGGAACAAGUCCUCCUCCCUGGGGGACACAGGACCCUUCUCAGGCCUCCUUGGAGGCAGCCACUCCUCUAGGGCCCAGUGAGGCCUCAGGAGAGGAGCUGCGGAGGCUGGGCAGGAAGGAGGAAGCCCGGCGAGAGCAGGAAUAGCCGCUCACCUCGGCCAGGAAGCAGCAGCGCCGCUCACUGGGCUCUCAGGAAGCCGCCUGUCCGGUGUCUAAAAAUAAAUGCUAAGAGAGGACCUAGACCUGGUCCUGCCGUCCAGCUGGGAUGCAACGGACUAAGACAUGAGCACUUGGGUGCGGGGAGUGGGCUGGCCCUGAGGCUGCCCCUCACCGGAGGCAGGCUAGCCACGAGGUGCCCUGCUUGCUCGUCACACGUCUGCCUCCACUGGGAAGCCCAGUGGCCCUGUGGGGAGUGGCCUGCCAGAGAUGUGCAGGGGGCUGCAGGUGACCAGGACCCUCGGAGCUGUGUGCUCCAAAGAGGUGUGGGGACAGCCACGGGAGGCAGGGUCCGAGGAUGGGUAGGCCAGGUGUCACAGCCAGCAGCACUCAGCCGGCUCAGGGCUGUACCUGCUCCCACCUGGGUACGACCGCCUGCCCCAGGGAAGCCCAGAGCCAGGACACAGAGGAGUCAGAGGCUGUGGGACGGGCUCUAGUCCCAGCCUCCCCCGCCCCCUGCUCCUGCGGUUUGUGGCUGCUUGCACUCAGUCUCCUUAUCGCCAACGGUCUGGUCUGAAAACAGCCCCGCACAGCUGGAGGCCAGGGUCUCCCAGGCCCUGCCUGGCACAGUGCUACUUCAGGAGCCACUAUCAUCUCCUCGGGCACAGAGGUGGGCAGUGUCUGCGUAGCUGAGUUGCUACACCCAAGGAGGGGAGCAGGAGGCAGAGGCUCCGGCCCGGCCGUGGGAGCUGCGUGAGGGCUGGGCUCCCCGAGAGCCCCAGGGCUGCAGGCUGCUGGCCCUCACAAGCCAGGGGUCUACCCCAGAGCGCAAGCUCCAAGCCCAGGACUGGAGCUCUGGCAGGGCAGGGGACCAGGGACCUUGUUCCCACACCCUGUCGCGCGGAGCACCUCGAGACACCACCAGAAGCUCACUGGCAGCUGCACCACGAGCUCAACGUGCAGCCACAGGUGACCACACAGACCCUCCGGAGAAACUGCGGAUCCAGCUGACGGGGGGCGUGACGGGAGUAAGCUGCCACUCGGGGAAGCACGGGGUGCCCAGAGCCUCCUUGCUGGGGCCCUUGGGCCUUCCCCUUCCUGAUAAUGGCCAAGUUACCUCAAUAACUGGGGCAAGGGUGAAGAUGGAUGAAUUACCUCUCCAAAUCAGAAAAGGGCAUAUCUUCAGAGAGGAGAGCAGGGCUCCGAGCCCAGGCCUAGCGUCUGGCUCCCUGCCCCACCUCACCUCCAUGGCGUGGGGACCCCACACUGGGCACGCUCUGCCCCUUCAAGGAGGACCCUCACCACCCACUCAGCGUUUCCAGACUACGAAACUCUGGGCAUCUGGUUCUAAUGCACCUCUCUGUACCCGCAGCCUUUACCAGACCUGGAGCCCUGGAGGACGGCGGCCCCCGGCUAGAAGCCCUCCCCUCCCAUGGCCACAGUGCUGGGACGGCAAAGGCUGCUGCCCUGCCACACAGGGAGUAAAAGCCAACUACCAGCUGACCAUGCACCAGCCCCUGGGGCCUGGCCCUCUGCCACAGGGAUGUCCCCAGCCACAGAGGCCACCCAGAGGAACCAGUCAUCUCAAAAACUUCAGCACCUGCUUCGCAGCCCGCCAGGGUCCUCAGUUACAGCCGGGACUCAAGACCAGCAAACGGACACCCUGGCACAGGCCUGCCUCCAACCUGUCUGGUCCAGAGCAGAAAAACACCGAUCAACAUUACCACUCAGCAGCGGCCCCCAGGGCCAUGCCAGGCAGGGCCAGCCCAUCCCACAUGGCCUUGCUGCUCCCCGUGGCCGCCCUGGCUCCCAGAUGGUGUGCUGCAGCAGGCCAUGCGGCACUGCCUGGCUUGGCAAGACAUGCUGUGCCCCCCAAACCUACUCCAGCAGGGUCCAGACCAGUGUGUCUCCCCCACAAGCAUCCCACUGACCCUAGAUCCACCCUGGGAUCCUUGGCUGUCCAGAUGGAAAACAGAUGUCCCCAGUCCCACACACUCACUCCAGGGGCUGCUUUGAAAUGGAAACAAAAGGCCAGAGCCACAGAGGAGAAAGUGCUCCUUGCCCGCCUGGAGACCAGGGGAGACUGCACUCCAAAAAGUGGACAACCCAGCCCAGACCAUCAGCAGGAACGGAAAGCCCGGGCGCAGAGAGAUUCUGAUCUUUAGGGUCACCCUCAGUCUGUGUCAACUCAGCCCGGGGCCUCACUCCCCGCAAAGCUUCCACAGGCCCACAGGCCCGUGGGGGCCAUACUGGGGCUGGAAUCUGUGUGGUUGAGGAGGGUAAGAUGGGCCUCCAGAACUGGGGCAAGGCGCGCACCAGCAUGAGGCCAUCCUGUUGUGCACUCCGCCCUAAACCCGACCCCCAGGACGGUCUCCAGACUGGAGGGUGAGCAGGGCAGGAAGAAAAGUGGUGUAGACUGUGCUCACGGCUGGAGGAAAGUGUGCGCCCCCAAGCCCCAGCUCUCGGCCGCCCAUCCAGGGGCGGUGGCCCGGAUGAGCUCAUGGGGGCGGGGCGCCGGGAGUCCCGCCCUAGAGGCCCCUCAGUACCAGCGAAGCAGGGUGGUCCCCGAAACAGUGGCCAAGAGGGCCACGCGGGCUCCGCCGCCGCUGAGGGGUUGGAGUCCGGGAUGCGGGUUCACACGCCCCGCAACCAUCGCCAUCACGCAACAGGGACAGGUUAGUGGUCCCCAGACUAACGGGACGGACGGGGCGGGGGGGCUGGGCCGCGAAGCGCGGACACCUGGCCCGGCUGCCCAGGGGCGCGGCGGCCCUGAUCCCGCACUGCGCCCGGAGCCCACAGGUGGCCCCUCAACUUCGCGCCGCGCCGCAACCCCGCCACGGGGCCUAGCGCUGCCGCCGGGCCUGCCCGAAAGGGGGUGCGCCUGGCCCCCGCCCGCCGCGACCCCCACUUCCCCUCGGCUCACCCAGAAGACGAAAUUGAAGACGAAGAGCAGGUACUUGAUGCACUUGGUGCAGCCCUCCACCCCCAUGGCGGCGCGGGCGGCGGGAGGCCUGCGGGGCGCGGGCCGGUCCUGGGCUUCGGGCGCGCGGGGACGCGGGGCCGGGCGGGCCGGGGGGCCUGAUGGGCAGGGGGGGUCGGGGCGCGGCGAGCAGGACGCCGAGCCCGAGCGACCUGCGGGCGCGAGGCGCGGGCGACAGGCAGACGCGAGGCCCGGGUGGCGCAGGGGUCGCCGCUGCUUCUUCGGCUGCGCGCUCGCUCUGUGGCCAGGCGCGCGACCCGUCCGCGUCGCUUAUAGGCCGCUGCGGCCCCGCCCCCCUCAGGCCCCGCCUCCGCAGCCCUCCGCGCCCCUCCCCCUUGCCCCGCCUCUUGCCGCCGGGCGCGGGGCAGGGGCCGCAAAACCUCCCUCAACCUUCCGGUGCACAAGCACUUUGGGGUUCGCGACCUUGGUGCGGCUGGGACGCGUCCUGGAACUUCAGUAAGGCUCUAAGCCCCCGGGGCUGGUUGCAAAGCCGCGCCUGAGGACCGACCUCUUUCUUCCUGCCUCAGGCUCCCGGGACCUUCUGGGAGGACUCCUGGAGGCCGCGUGGGGCCAGAGAAAUGUUCUCAGGCUAAGAGCGCGCUUUGUUCGCAUUACUCUCUCGGGAAGGAAAGUGGGUGGGCAUGAAGUUGGGCCUGAAGGUCCUGAAGAUAGUGAUUUUAGUCAGCAGGCCCUUGUCCCAUAGAAAGGGGCGUCGCUGGCUGCUGUUAGUGGAGUCUGCCUUUGGAAAGGCCACUGGUGCACCCAGAGGUUAUCCCCAGACCCGCGUUAAAUAUCUAGCAGGCACCAAACACCUGCAAGAAACCUCCAAGUACUGUGCAUCUCACGCCGAGUCCUGGUUGCCCCCUCACCCAGGUCUUCCAGCCGCCUUCCUGAAGGUGUGGGGUCCUGCUGGCCUCACUGCUUCUGGUAAGGAAAUGAGGACCGAUUCUGAUUCCCAGUGAGGAGGGCUUUCUCCCCAGGUGAAGAGGGAAUGAUAUCUGUCACCAUAGGUGACACCUCCACCAAGGUGUCCUAUGUCCUCCUCUCCCCAAAAGCUGGAGGAUGGGGCUGCUUCAUGAACAGAGCCUCACCUGGGGACCAUGUGGGGCCACCUUUGGAAACCCAACCUUCACCACCUGACCAAUCCGACUCAGCAGCAUCACUGCCCAUGGCAGCAGUGGGCACUGGGAAUGUGGCCACCAAGGCAUGGAAGUGUUAGUUGUAUGUCAUAGAUGGUGGCCAGUGGAUACCUUCCUGGACAGAGCAAUUCUUUCUGGUGGUCAAUUUGUAAAUCUGUUUAUGCUUCGCGCUUGCAUCUGAGCAGCACCGCGUAGUUCUGUGUUCACGCGUGUCAGAGUGAACUACAGUAAAGGAUGUCAGUCUCCAUAUGGGGGUCUGUGGGGUGCUUUCUGUUAAAAGGGUGCAGAAUGGACCUUCUUGGGGGGGGGGUGUUUCUCUGCAUGCCCCGGAUGUCUGCUGUCCCAGCAGUUCCCUGCUCUCUCCAGGGAUGGGACACUGCUCACCAAAGGUGUGGGAUGCGCAUUACAUCCCUGGUCCACCAGCCUGAGGCAGGCCCUGCCUGGCCAGCUUGUUCUGUCCUCUUCUCUGGUCAUGCACAAACAUUUCUCAGAUGCCCACUGUGUCAGGCACUGCUCCAGGAACUGGCUGUGGAGCACCUGGCAGCCAGGACCCCUUCCCUCAAGGACCUUAGGCUCUGAUGGGGGUGACAGGUGCCGCUCGAUAUGAUGGUCAUAUCCGUGCUGAGGAGGGAAGUGGUUCCAAGGAUGUUGAUGGAGGGGCAUGGGGACCCCCUCCAGCAGGCCGUGUUGAAGGAGCCAGGCCUUGACGCCUGCGCCUGCAUUGGAGCCAGCCUGGAGCCAGAGGAGCAUUCCAGGGGAGGGGCGAGGUGGGAGGAACAGAAGGAAGCCCUCCAGGAGGGGGCGGGGCUUGACACAGGGCAGGCAGGCGGUGAGCUCUGGAAGAGGUGGGCAGGCGUCUGGGCCAAGGACCACAGUGGUUCCACAUUCCAUGGGGCUGCAGUGGGGGCAAUGGGUGGGUUCCCCAGGCCUGGCUUUGGGGUUGAAUGAGGACACAGUGGCAGGGAGCUGCCUCAGUCCCGUUGGCACCGGAGCCUUGCUGGGGGGAUAGGCUGCCUCUCAGGGUCCCACACCUGAAGCACCCUGCCCAGCCGCCCACCAGCUCAACCUUGUGGGGACCUCAGGACUCCUGGUGGCAGCAUCUGUGACAUGUGUCUGUGUGGUUCUGCGGCUGGUGGGUGCCCAAGAGCACACUGGGGAGGGCUUCUGGAGUCGUCUGAGCCCAGCCCAGCUUCCACUGCAGCUGCAAGCCACUGUGGACAAGCACCGAUGAGCUGUGCCUGAGGAUAAGGGGGGCUGCUGGGCUGACGAGGCACAGCUGGCAGUAGGUGGGGAAGGGAGCCCGUGUGGUUGCGGGCUGGUUCCUCAGUUUCCCCCCUGUGGCAUGGCCGCUGCGCAGCAUUGCGGGUGGUUGGAAUGGGGCCCAAAGCCUCAGCAUUCAGACAAGGGCUCCUGUGAGCCGGGUGUGACUGAGAGACUCCUCGGCUGGCACAGGCCCAGGGCCCAUGACUCAGGCCCCCACAGAGCAGCUUUUGGUUGGGGAGGGCACAGGACCCCUCUGAGCCUGAUCUCCAUGAAGACCGCCCCAACCAGAACAAGCUGCUGUGUACGCAGAGCCUGCUAUGGCAAGGGGGCCUGCCACUGUCCCUGGUGUUGGCCACAGAGUCAAGAGCAGGUCAGGAAGGAGAGAAAAGGGAGAGGGAGCGAGGUCAGUGUCCUGAAACGAUCCGAGUCGCACAGGACAGAGCCGCGGCUCCGUCUCAGUCGGUGCAGGAAGAGCAGCAGGAGCCCUGGGCUCUGCGUGGGGGCAGCUGCGGGGACCACAGCACAGUCCCGAUCGGUGGGAGAGGACUCAACACCUGCAUUCAACACUCUCCUGGGGGGCUAGCCCAGGCGACCAGGCAGGAGAACCGCGUAGAAAACAUCAUGUUGGAAAGAGUCCAGGGCCCUGGUCUGAAUGUGGGUGCCCCAGGCUGAAAUCGUGCCCACCGGGCGAUGGCACAUGGAGGGGGCCUCAGGAGAUGAGGCCGGGCCUCAAGAGCUAGACCUGGGCCCUGAUAGAAGAAGCUCAGGGCUGGGGAGUAGCUCGGUGGUAAAGCGCCCCUGGGUUCAAUCCCUAGUACUGCCGGACAAAAUUGAGGUCCAAGAGAGGUCCCUGCUUGAUUUCUGUCAGAAUUUCGAUUUAUUGAUUGAUUGAUUUAGUACUGAGGAUUGAACUUAGGGUCACUUUACUACUGAGCUACAUCUGAGACACCCCCCCCCCUUUUUUGAGACAGGGUCUUACUAAAUCACCCAGGUUGCUCUUGAGCAGACAGUCUUCCUGCCUCAGCCUCCUGGGUCACUGGGAUUCAGGUGUGUGCCACUGCCCCUGGUUCCUUUCAGUACACGCGAACACAGAAGAUGACCAUCUGUGAGCCAGGAAAGCAGCCCUCGCCAGAUGCCAGGUCUGCCAGCAUCUCCGUCGUUGUCUUCCAGCCUCCAGAACUGUAGAAAUAAAUGUCUGUUGUUUCUAA